GUGGUCGCUCUGGUUGAGCCGCGCAAGCUCUGGCCUCGCCUUGUAGGCUGGUCGCGUCAGAGGGUGGGGCGGGUCUUCGCCCCGCAGCGUCUAAGCUCUGCUGCGACGUUAUGGGCACCCUGGUGACCCGCGGCACACUCUGGGACCCCAGGGUAGUGGAUAGGGACAGUGGAGGGCGUCACGCUGCAGGGCACGAGAUCAGAAAGGGAUGCAAGAGGAGGGGACGCCAUUCUGGCCGCCAAGGGGGAAACGUGGUGAAGCGAACGCCCGGACUUUCGAGUUCCCAGGGCUGAGUCCCCAGCACUCCAACCCAGCAGAGGCGCCGGGGCCUUAGCUCUGAGGGCUAUGGUCUAGAAAGAGAAGCAGCAGACCCGGGGCUGGGGCGCGCGCCGACCCCACAGUGAGACCAAGGGAAGAAGGGACGGGGCCCCGCGAAGGGCCUACGGCCCCAGAGCGUAAACAGCGGCCCGCUCCGCGGAAUAGCUGAAGACCUCUCUAGCCUGCGGCUCAGUGGCCUCCCCGGCGAAUCGAGGACAGCUCUGGGGGUCCUCGCUAAGUGUAUGCCAGUCCCAAUCCCUUCUGUGCGCCUGCCGACGCUUGCCCUCCCCUAACAGUACUGUCCCUUUCGCGUCCUCCAGUCUUCACACGACGCAGCGGUCCCCAAGGCAGCGGUCUCCCCAAGCUUCCCGUUUCAGCCCCAUCCUCGAGAAUGGGCUCCUUUCCUGCUCCCUUUCCGCUCCUGCUGGCGAGUGGAGACCCGCAUCUAGGUCCAGACGCGGCUGCGCUGCACCUCCUAGCCAUCGAGACAGGAUAUGACUCCCUCCCCUGGCCACUGACUCCCUCCCUCCCCAGGCGGCCUGCAUCCUUGCUCUCCUUCCUCCUAGCCCACCCAGCUCGGGGUCCUGUCCUCGCCCGGAGACCUGAGGCUCGGGGCUGCAGACGGAAUGCACGACUGGGCGGCGGGGCCCUUUGUGUGUGUGUGCGUGUUGCUGGCCUCCAUCCCCACUCCCCAGACUCCACUUCUCAGGGCCUCUCUCCCGCCUUUGCAUCCCGCAUCCGCAGGACACCCAAUCACCGGGCAACAGGAUGCCUUCCGCGCCUUCCAUCCUGACCUGAAAUUCGUGGGCAAGUUCUUGAAACCCCUGCUGAUCGGUGAGCUGGCCCCAGAAGAGCCCAGCCAGGACCAUGGCAAGAACUCAAAGAUCAUUGAGGACUUCCGGGCCCUGAAGAAGACAGCUGAGGACAUGAACCUGUUCAAGACCAACCACGUGUUCUUCCUCCUCCUCCUGGCCCACAUCAUUGCCUUGGAGAGCAUCGCGUGGUUCACCGUCUUUUACUUUGGCAAUGGCUGGAUUCCUACCCUCAUCACGGCCUUUGUCCUUGCUACCUCUCAGGCCCAAGCUGGAUGGCUGCAACACGACUAUGGCCACCUGUCUGUCUACAGGAAACCCAAGUGGAACCACCUUGUCCACAAGUUCGUCAUUGGCCACUUAAAGGGUGCCUCUGCCAACUGGUGGAAUCAUCGCCACUUCCAGCACCACGCCAAGCCUAACAUCUUCCACAAGGAUCCCGAUGUGAACAUGCUGCAUGUGUUUGUCCUGGGCGAAUGGCAGCCCAUUGAGUACGGCAAGAAGAAGCUGAAAUACCUACCCUACAAUCACCAGCACGAAUACUUCUUCCUGAUUGGGCCGCCGCUGCUCAUCCCCAUGUAUUUCCAGUACCAGAUCAUCAUGACCAUGAUCGUGCACAAGAACUGGGUGGACCUGGCCUGGGCCAUCAGCUACUACAUCCGGUUCUUCGUCACCUACAUCCCUUUCUACGGCAUCCUGGGAGCCCUCCUUUUCCUCAACUUCAUCAGGUUCCUGGAGAGCCACUGGUUCGUGUGGGUCACACAGAUGAAUCACAUCGUCAUGGAGAUUGACCAGGAGGCCUACCGCGACUGGUUCAGUAGCCAGCUGACAGCCACCUGCAACGUGGAGCAGUCCUUCUUCAACGACUGGUUCAGUGGACACCUUAACUUCCAGAUUGAGCACCACCUCUUCCCCACCAUGCCCCGGCACAACUUACACAAGAUCGCCCCGCUGGUGAAGUCUCUAUGUGCCAAGCAUGGCAUUGAAUACCAGGAGAAGCCGCUACUGAGGGCCCUGCUGGACAUCAUCAGGUCCCUGAGGAAGUCUGGGAAGCUGUGGCUGGACGCCUACCUUCACAAAUGAAGCCACAGCCCUGGACACCGUGGGGAAGGGGCGCAGGUGGGGUGAUGUCCAGAGGAAUGGUGGGCUUCUGUUCUGAGGGGUGUCUGAGAGGCUGGUGUACGCACCACUCAAGUACUCCGUGUUGGAUCUUUCUCCCUUCCUCCUCUCCUUUUUCCCUUCACGUCUCCCGCAUAGCACCCUGCCCUCAUGGGGCCUGCCCUCCUUCAGCCGUCAGCCAUGACCCUCCCAGGGCCUCCCAGCCCCUUCUUCCAAGGAGCAGAGAUUGGUGGCCACGGCGGGUGGCUCUGUCCUACCUCCACUCUCUGCCCCUAAAGGUGGGAGGAGACCAGCAGUCCCUGGGUCUGGCCUGUGAGCCUCCCCUUGCAGCCUGGUCACUAGGCCUCACCCCUGCUUCAGUUCUUCAGAUGCUCUUGGGGUUUCUGGGGGCAGGUCCUAGCCGGGCAGGGCCCAUGACCCUCCGGGCCUGGCUUCACUCUCCCUGACGGCCGCCAUUGGUCCACCCUUUGUGGAGAGACCUGCUUUGUUACAAAGCUCGGGUCUCCGUCCCGCAGCCGGGAUCAGUACCCCGGGCCUCUCUUAAGAUGGCCAGGGCCCCGGGCCUGCGGGCGCAGCCAGCCCAAACCUCAGGCCCUGGAAGAGUCCUCCACCCCGUCACUAGAGUGCUCUGACCCUGGGCUUUCACGGGCCCCAUUCUACCGCCUCCCCAACUUCAGCCUGUGACCUUGGGACCAAAGGGGAGUCCCUUGUCUCUUGUGGCUCAGCAGAGGCAGUGGCCAGGUUCAGGGAGGCGCCAGCUGGCCUGGAGGCUCAGCCCCACCCGCAGCUUGUCCUCAGGGUGUCCUGAGGUCCAAGAUUCUGGAGCAGUCUGACCCUUCUCCAAAUGCUCCGUUACCAGCUGGGCAGUGCCAGCCAAUCCCUGGCCAUUUGGCCCCAGGGGAUGUGGGCCCUGCAGGCUGCAGGAGGGCACUGGAGCUGGGAGGUCUCGUCGCAGCCCUCCCCAUCUUGGGGCUGCUGUGUGGACGGCGCUGCCUCAGGCACUCUCCUGUCUGUACCUGCCCUCACUGUGUUUAACCUUUUGCUCCAGGAUGCGUUCUGAUAGGAGUGGGCAGCAGGGCUGGGCCUUGUGACAAUCUGCCUUUCACCACAUGGCCUUGGCUCUGUGGCCCUGACUGUCAGGGAGGGCCAGAGAGGCAGAGCGGGAGGGAGUCUCAGCAGGAGGCUGCCCUGAGGGGCUGGGGAGGGGGUUACCUCAUGAGGACCAGGGUGGAGCUGAGAGGAGGAGGAGGUGGGGGCUGGAAGUGUUGGUAGCUGAGCGGAGGGGCAAGUGAGAGGGGAGGGAGGGAAGUCCUGGGGGGAUCCUGAGCUGCUGUUGCAGAGUCUAACCCACUAAUCAGUUCUUAGAUUCAGGGGAGGGGUGGGCACCAACAACUCAGAAUGGGGUCCUUUUGGGACGGCGCCUAGUUCUCCCAGCUCUAACCAGCCAGGAGGGACCUGCAUCUAAGCGUCUGGGUUGCCAUGGCAAUGGCAUGCCCCCAGCUACUGUGUGCCCCCGACCCCCACAGAGGCAGAAUAAACCCACAGGGAGCUGAUUGUAAUGUUUAUCAUGUUGCUUCCCCACCCCUAAAUUUUUUGAAAUAAAAUAAGUAAUUUUAUUCUCA